AUGUAUGAUCUGAACGGCUUGGCUAUUGUUACUAAGGGAUUUGAUGAAAUGCACAUGUCAUCAAGCGACAGUGUAUCUUUACAUGAAAAUGACGCAAUGGCUAAUUCGCAACAUAAUUAUGCAAAAAGAGAUGAGAAUCUAGUGGGUUCUGUCAGAUUUUAUAAUGAUGGAGAUGUGAUAUUUCCUAUUUAUCGUUCGAUCAUUAGUUGUCUUUUUCCUACAAUAUGA